AAGAACUGAGAGAAGUGAAGGAGGAGAGAGAAGAACUGAGAGAAGUGAAGGAGGAGAGAGAAGAACUGAGAGAACAUCAUGUCAAACCUGGAGGAAAACCCUCUAGUCGCUCAAAGACUAAAAAGACUAAAAAUACAUUUUUAAAGAAAAGAAGAGCCAAAAAAUCUUUCACCUGCACUCAGUGUGGAAACAGUUUCACAACCAAACAAUAUCUUGAGACUCACAUGAUGAUCCACACUGGAGAGAAGCCGUUCACAUGUGAUCAAUGUGGAAAGAGUUUCCGUCAAUCAUCAUGUCUUAAUGUUCACAUGAGGAUCCACACUGGAGAGAAACCGUUCUCAUGUGAUCAGUGCGGCAAAACAUUUAAUUGGGUAUCGAACCUGAAGACACACCUGAGAGUUCAUAUGAAGGUGAAGCCACAUUCAUGUUCUGUGUGUGGAAGGAGUUUUUCACGGCUGCAAUAUUUACUUGCACAUCAGAAAACUCACACUGGUGUGAGAGAGUACAUGUGCUUGGAGUGUGAAAAGACUUUUACUGCAGCAAAGGACUUAAAACGGCACCAGGGAAUUCACACUGGAGAAAAACCUUACAAGUGUUCACACUGCGACAAGAGAUUCAGUCUGUCAUCAUAUCUGAAAAAACAUGAGAAGAUCCACACUGGAGAAAAACUUAAUGAGUGUUCACACUGUGAGAAGAGAUUUAAUCUGUCGGCAGAUCUGAAAAAACAUGAGAAGAUCCACACUGGAGAAAAACCUUACAAGUGUUCACACUGUGACAAGAGAUUCCGUCAGUCAGCAAAUCUGAAAUCACAUGUGAGGGUCCACACUGGAGAAAAACCUUACAAGUGUUCACACUGUGACAAGAGAUUCAGUCACUCAGCAAAUCUGAAAACACAUGAGAUGAUCCACACUGGAGAAAAACCUUACAAGUGUUCACACUGUGACAAGAUAUUCAGUCUGUCAUCAGCUCUGAAAGCACAUGAGAGAAUUCACACUGGAGAAAAACCUUACAAGUGUUCACACUGUGACAAGAUAUUCAGUCUGUCAUCAUCUCUGAAAACACACGAGAUGAUCCACACUGGAGAAAAACCUUACAAGUGUUCACACUGUGACAAGAGAUUCAGUCGGUCAUCAUAUCUGAAAAAACAUGAGAGGAGCCACACUGGAGAAAAACCUUACAAGUGUUCACACUGUGACAAGCGAUUCAGUCUGUCAUCAUAUCUGAAAACACAUGAGAGGAUCCACACUGGAGAAAAACCUUACAAGUGUUCAGACUGUGACAAGAGAUUCAGUCGGUCAUCAUAUCUGAAAAAACAUGAGAAGAUCCACACUGGAGAAAAAUCUUACAAGUGUUCACACUGUGACAAGCGUUUCAGUCUGUCAUCAUAUCUGAAAACACAUGAGAGGAGCCACACUGGAGAAAAACCUUACAAGUGUUCAAACUGUGACAAGAGAUUUAAUCUGUCGGCAGAUCUGAAAAAACAUGAGAAGAUCCACAGUGGAGAAAAACCUUACAAGUGUUCACACUGUGACAAGAUAUUCAGUCUGUCAUCAGCUCUGAAAACACACGAGAGGAUCCACACUGGAGAAAAACCUUACAAGUGUUCACACUGUGACAAGAGAUUCAGUCUGUCAUCAUCUCUGAAAACACACGAGAGGAUCCACACUGGAGAAAAACCUUACAAGUGUUCACACUGUGACAAGAGAUUCAGUGAGUCAUCAUAUCUGAAAAAACAUGAGAAGAUCCACACUGGAGAAAAACCUUACAAGUGUUCACACUGUGACAAGAGAUUUAAUCACUCAUCCAAUCUAAAAACACAUAAGAGGAUCCACACUGGAGAAAAACCUUACAAGUGUUCACACUGUGACAAGAUAUUCAGUCGGUCAUCAUGCCUGAAAACACAUGAGAGAAUCCACAGCAGAGAGAAGUCGCACACGUGUGAUCAGUGCGGAAAGAGUUUCUCUAUUAAAACUCACCUGAAACAACACAUGAAGAUCCAUACAGUGGAGAAACCACAUCACAGCAGUCACGACCUGAUGGGAGAACCAGAGAGAACCUUACACAUGUGAACAAUUCGGGAAGAGCUUUAUGGAUAAAGGAAACUUUAAGAGACACAUGAGGAUCUUCAUUGUUUACUAUAGCUCUUUUAAAAAUAGUUGGAGUGUGACUUAACGUUUCUCAG